AGUUUCUGGGUUUGCUAAAGCACCUCUUGUCUUUAUGAAUGCCAGUCCUUCCAUGCUUGUGUGUGCAGUGAAGGGUUAAAAAGCUUUGGAAAGACACUACGCAUGUGUUAAUUCGUGCUGCAGCAGCAUGCAUCUCUUCCACUUUGACCUCAUAGUUAAUCUGCGUGAUAGUUAAUCACGCAGAGUCUCUAGUGAUUUUUUUUCUGCUUAUUUCAAAUACACACAGAGGCACACGCACAUGGCUCUGCCCCCUCUAAAAGAAAAAAAAAAUCAAAACAAAGCAAACAAAUAAGCAAACCUAAAACGAUGGACCUGGAGGAGAACGCGUGAGUGUGGGGGGCUUGAGUAUGUACAAGAGUGUGUGCGCCUUUCUCUCUCCCUUAUUUGUCUGGGUGUGAGUCUCUCCCUGUACCCUCCCCCUGCCUCAAUUAUAUUACUCCCCCAGACUUGGAAGCUGCUGCCUGAGCUGACGCUUUGAUGGUAUCUGCAAGCGUUUGUGCUGAUCUUAUUUCUGCCCCCUGAAUAUUAAUUCCAGAAGCUGGUAGCAAUACAUCUCCCCAGUGACGGAACCUACUAGAGGCAGGUGGGGGCAGCCACCAUCAGAUCAUAAGCAUAACAAUAAUACUAAGGGGAGGGAUUAUUCUGCAACCAAGAGUCAAGAGGCGAGAGGAGGAAAAAAAAAAAAAGCGAUGAGUUCGCCGAAUAUAUGGAGCACAGGAAGCUCAGUCUACUCGACUCCUGUGUUUUCACAGAAAAUGACGGUGUGGAUUCUGUUCCUGCUAUCUCUCUACCCGGGCUUCACUAGCCAAAAAUCUGAUGAUGACUAUGAAGAUUAUGCUUCUAACAAAACAUGGGUCUUGACUCCAAAAGUUCCUGAAGGUGAUGUCACUGUCAUCUUAAACAACCUGCUGGAAGGCUAUGACAAUAAACUUCGACCUGAUAUAGGAGUGAAACCAACAUUAAUUCACACAGACAUGUAUGUGAAUAGUAUUGGUCCAGUGAACGCUAUCAAUAUGGAAUAUACGAUUGACAUAUUUUUUGCCCAAACAUGGUAUGACAGACGUUUGAAAUUUAACAGCACCAUUAAAGUCCUCCGGCUGAAUAGCAACAUGGUGGGGAAAAUCUGGAUUCCAGACACUUUCUUCAGGAAUUCCAAAAAGGCUGAUGCACACUGGAUUACCACUCCCAAUAGGAUGCUGAGAAUUUGGAAUGAUGGUCGAGUACUCUACACCCUAAGGUUGACAAUUGAUGCUGAGUGUCAAUUACAGUUGCACAACUUCCCAAUGGAUGAACACUCCUGCCCCCUGGAGUUCUCCAGUUAUGGCUAUCCACGUGAAGAAAUUGUUUAUCAAUGGAAGCGAAGCUCUGUUGAAGUGGGUGACACAAGAUCCUGGAGGCUUUAUCAAUUUUCAUUUGUUGGUCUGAGAAAUACCACCGAUAUAGUGAAGACAACUUCUGGAGAUUAUGUGGUCAUGUCUGUCUACUUUGAUCUGAGCAGAAGAAUGGGGUACUUCACCAUCCAGACCUAUAUCCCCUGCACACUCAUUGUCGUCCUAUCCUGGGUGUCUUUCUGGAUUAAUAAGGAUGCUGUUCCAGCCAGAACAUCUUUAGGUAUCACUACUGUCCUGACAAUGACCACCCUCAGCACCAUUGCCCGGAAAUCGCUCCCCAAGGUCUCCUAUGUCACAGCAAUGGAUCUCUUUGUAUCUGUUUGCUUCAUCUUUGUCUUCUCUGCUUUGGUGGAGUAUGGCACCUUGCAUUAUUUUGUCAGCAACCGGAAACCAAGCAAGGACAAAGAUAAAAAGAAGAAAAACCCUCUUCUUCGGAUGUUUUCCUUCAAGGCCCCCACUAUUGAUAUCCGCCCAAGAUCAGCAACCAUUCAAAUGAACAAUGCCACACAUCUUCAAGAGAGAGAUGAAGAAUACGGCUAUGAGUGCCUGGAUGGGAAAGACUGUGCCAGUUUUUUCUGCUGUUUUGAAGAUUGCCGAACAGGAGCUUGGAGACAUGGGAGGAUACAUAUCCGCAUUGCCAAAAUGGACUCCUAUGCUCGGAUCUUCUUCCCCACUGCCUUCUGCUUGUUCAAUCUGGUUUAUUGGGUCUCCUACCUCUACCUGUGAAGAGGUAUGGGUUUUAUUGAUAUGGGUCUUAUUCACUGAAUCUCAUAGAGAGAAGAUGUUCAUUCUAGGUCUACUUAAAUUAUCCCCUAUGUUGUUGAUAAUGAUCUGAAUUUGUUUCUAUGUCCAAACCUGGUAAAUUGUAUCAUGUUAUGUUGUUUGUGCCCAACUCUCCUUUGGUUAGUGUAAUUUGAAUUUUAAUGUUUGCUGUGUUUCAAACCUGCAAGGCAAAGUAAAAUUAGAGCAAGAACAUUGAAAGCAAACAAGAUAAUUUUUAGUUAAGGCAACUGAAAUUGUGGAAGCCCUAUUUACAAUGGUGGUGUGCUUACUUGAUUUGUAAUACCAUUAGACACAAAAGGUCCCAAACUAUACCCUAUAUCCACAUAAGCCAAAUUGUGGUAAAUUUGGUCCAAUAGAAUACCUUUCUUAUUUGAGAAAAAUCACAACUCACAUUAAAUAUAAAAGCCUAGAUCAGAAAUCUAUUAUCCCUUUAUUCCGAGAUAGGAAUAAUAUUUCCUCCACAUCACAUGUACAAUGAUGUAAAUAUUUCAAUAACUUAGAAUGCUUCAAGUUUAAUGCAUGCAUCUCUUUACAGCCAAAAUAAAUGGAUUGAAGUUAACAUUAUAAAGUAUUGUCUUUUAUUCUGUGUCCUUGGGCUAUAAAAGAAUCAUGAAUGUAAUUAUAAGGAUUUGGGUUUGGAAAUGGAGGGAGGAAUUUUCAUUGCCUUCUCCCUCAUGCAUGAAGAUUCAAACAGCUUAGUUUUUCUUUGUAUGACACUUUAACUAAAAUAUAGAUUGAAUAAUCAGUAUUUGCCACCUCUAAAUAUGCCCAAUUUCAUGACUAGAGUAUAAAGUAAUUGUAUGUGCUUGCUGCUGUUUUUUCUUCCCUUUAGGAUGAUAGAUCAUAACAGAACUUAUUCUCCACACCUCAAGAUAUGUUUCUAGUGAUUGUGAGUGCCUUGUGGGAAGAAUUUUUGUCAUAUCUUCUUUGGGUCCUCAGUACCUGGCAUAGUAACUGGCACAUAUUUAGUGCUCAGCAAAUAUAGUUUGAAGUGAAUUGGCCUCAUAUGCUUCUGGUGAAUCUCUCUUUGCUGGCCAGGAACCAGUGACUCAUCUUUUCACAUGGGCAUUGUCAAGUGAUAUUUGAUCUCUUAAAAAUAAACAGAAGGAUCCAAAGAACUUUAGAUAUUUAUGUUCAUCUUCAAAAAUUUAUUUUAGGCAGAAGUUCAUACUCUUUUAAAAAUAAUGUUUAUGUCCUAUGUGUGUGUACAAAGAUAACUCUAUUAGGGCAUAAUUCGAGUUUGUGUAUUAUUUUCCAGGUUUGGAGAUGAGUCAUUCCUGACCCAUCCAUAAUUUUAUUUAUCAAUUUAUAACAAUAAUAAGCAAGAUUUAUAUCUGACUGGCAUUCAGAAUGUAGUAGUCUAUGCACUGUGUAAAAAGUACUGAAGAUUAAAAUAAAACUGAAAAAAAGGAAAGACUUACCUAGACUUUUAGCCCAUAACUGUAGCCUCAUUAGGCUGCACUGUAAUCAAAUAAAGUGGCUUCCCAUACUUCAAACAUAAUUAGUUAAGUCCCAUCUUCAUGCACUCAUCCUGAAUUCUUAUUUUUUCUAAAAUAGUACUCUUUGUUGAUUCUUUUUUAUGUCAAGUAUUGUUCUAAGUUAUAUCUCAAUCAUAGCUAGUAAAGAUUUAUAGAUAAUCUAAAAAGAGUAGAGAAGAAGAGAAAAUGGCUGUGUUAAUAUAAAAUCAUGUACAGUCAUCAUCAAGUCAUCUGGAUGAAUCUUGAAACACAUUUAGCUGCCAGUUUUACAAACCUUUAAUAUAUCAGUGCUCUAGUAUAUAACCUCAAACAAUUGUAAAUAGAUUGAAUUAUUUUCUUGUUUUGAAUCAUUAACAUAUUAAAUGUUGACUCUUUGGGAGAGUUGUUGGCAAGUUCCAAUGGUGAAAAACAUGUCAUUAUUGUUAACUUGAAAUGUGCUCUGUAACGGGGACACUAAAAGCUAGCUUUCCAAUGUGUGCAUAAUAUUGGCAAUAUAAAUAUAUAUAUAUUCUAUAUAAUCGAAUUCUUAAUUAUGAGCUGCUCCCUGUUGAUGUAUUUGAAAACCUUUUCACAAAGGGAAUUGCCUAACAUGUGGACUUUUACAAUAAAAAUGCUGCAUUCUAAUCCA